GAAUCAGGGUGCGAGUUGAGGUUCUUUAGUCAGUGCUUUGGGAGGCCACGAAGAAAGCUCUAGGGUAAGACGAACGAAGAUUAAACGACGCGAAUAUUACACGGAAUUAGUGGAUGAGUGCGGUAUCAUAACUUUCGGUGAAUCUAAUAGUGAAUUGAGCGACCAUCGAAUACGUUUGCAAAGAAGUAAGUGUGCUUGGUGCGGAAUUUAGUACGAAGUCGACUUGUUCAUCUAUGUUAGCGGGAUAACGUGACAUUCGAGAAAGCAUGGGAGUGGCGGAGGAUUUCGCUCCCAGCUUCACACAAAAACCACAGCUAAGACAAGAAGAUGAUGGUAAUCGCCUCAUCUUCGAGUGUCAGUUACUUGCUUCCCCAAAACCCGACAUCCAAUGGUUCAGAAGCGAUACACUUCUUUCGGAGGAUGGCCGAACAAAUUUCAAAAUCCAAUCUGUGGGGACCAACAAGUUCCUUGUCGUCUUGGAAUUAGACGAUGUCAUAGAGGCCGAUGCUGGCUUAUACAAGGUCAAAGCGAAAAACAAGAUGGGCGAGGUAGCUGCCUCCAUCAACUUGAAUUUCAGCCCUAUGGAUGAGCCACGAGAAAAACAAAUCGACGGCAUCGCGCCCACCUUCGCCAAGAAACCAGCCAUCAGGCAGGAAGAAGAUGGUAAAAGAUUACUCUUCGAAUGCCGUAUUCAAGCUGAUCCUAGGCCGGUCGUCAGCUGGUUUCACAAUACCAACGCCGUUACUGAAGGUUCACGUCACAAGUUGAGGGUAGAUAAAGAUGGCCACUCGUAUUUUGCAACCCUUGAAAUCAAGAACGUUACCGUUGAGGAUGCUGGUAAAUACAAGGUUACUGCAAAGAACGAGUUGGGAGAGAGCAAUGCUACGAUCAGUCUCAACUUCGACAGCGAUGAAGCUCCAGUACCCGAUCAAGAGGGCAUCAAGCCGACCUUCACCGAAAGACCCAUCAUUCGCCAAACAGAUGACGGGGCGACGAUAACGUUUGAAUGUAGGUGCGUCGGAGAACCCAGGCCGGAUAUACAAUGGUUCCACGGGAAGAAGGAGAUCAAAAUGGCCGGAAGAUACACCAUGUCCAUGGAGAUGGAUCAAAAGUUGUAUUAUUUAGCACGAUUAGAAAUCAAUAACGUCGAAAAUUCCGAUAAAGGGGAGUACAGGGCCAUAGCCAAAAACAAAUAUGGCGUCGGAACCGCGACGAUAAAUCUUAAUUUCGAGGGCGACGGUAAACCAAAGAUUCCGGAUGGAAAAGCGCCGCGAUUUCCGAAAAAGCCCACUAUACGACAAGAUGGUGAUGUCCUGGUUAUGGAGUGCCUCCUCGAAGCAAACCCCGCGCCGGAUAUCACGUGGUACCACGGAAACCAGACGAUCGCGGACAAUACACGCGUGAGAAUGUUCCGAAAAGCCAUCAGCAAAGACACCUACAUGUUAACGUUAGAAAUUUCGAAUCCGACACGAGAAGAUGGCGGAAACUAUCGCUGUAACGCAUUCAAUAACUUUGGGGAAAGCAAUGCUAAUAUUUCCCUUAACUUCCAAGGCGGAGACGAUGCUGCCGGCUUCGCACCAUCUUUCAUCGAGAAACCCAAGAUCAUCCCCAACGAAAGCGGCACCCUCAUCACGAUGAAGUGUAAAUGCAAGGCCAAACCAAAGCCAGAAGUCACUUGGUUCCGCGGCACCACCGCCGUUAAGGAAUCCGCUAAAAUCAAGAUAUCCGUCCUCGAUAAAGAAGAGGACAUCUACGAACUCACACUCGAAAUUAAAGACCCCACCGCACCCGAUGGCGGCACAUAUCGGUGUCACGUCAAAAACGAAUUUGGCGAAAGCAAUGCUAAUCUAAACCUUAACAUCGAAGCCGAACCAGAACCCGAAGGUGAUGGACCAACAUUUGUUGAAAAACCAAGAAUUACAUCGCACCAAGGCGGAAAAUUAGUCGUCAUGGAUUGCAAGGUUCGUGCUAAUCCCAAACCAACGAUAGUCUGGUACCGAGAAGGUCAAGUAGUAAAAGAAUCCAGCAAAAUAAAAAUAGUCAUCGAAAAAAUCGAAGAAGAGAUUUAUUACAUAAAACUCGAACUCAAAGAUCCCGAUACCGAAGACUCAGGUCUUUACAAAUGCAACAUCAAAAACACUUUAGGAGAACUCAACGCGAAUCUCACACUUAACAUCGAAAUCAUUCCCGUCAUUAAAGAAAAACCGAAAGUUAUCAAAAUCGUUAAAAAACGCACAGUUAUCGUUGAAUGUAAAGUGCUUAGCAAGUUCGCGCCUGAUUGCACUUGGUUUAAAGAAUCGACGGCCGUCAAAGAAGACACUAGACACAAAGUCCAAGUUGAACAAGUUAAAGAUGGUGAAUUCGCGGUUAAACUCGAAAUUUGUGAAAUCGAGAAAUCCGAUAAAGGCAUGUACAAACUUGUCGCUCGCAAUGAAAAGGGCGAGGCUACUUCACAAACGGUUGAAGUAACCGAUCUUCCACCUGAAGAAAAACCGAAAGGAGAUAAACCAAAAUUAACACAAUUAACUAAUGUGACUACCGAAGAAGGUAAAACGGUUGAUUUUAUAUCAACUUUGAAAGUUACCGAUAAAACGGUUGUUAUAACAUGGUACAAAAACACCACGAUUAUUCGAGAAUCAUCUGAUGUUUCGAUCUCUUUCGAUGGCUCAGUUGCCAGAUUGACUAUUAGUAAGUGCAAAAUAUCUCACGCUGCAACCUACAAGAUUGUUGCUAAGAACGAAUUUGGCGAGGAUGAAUCCAUCGCUACAUUAACGGUUGUUGAGAAGAAGGAGAAAAAGAAGGAGGAGGAAGAAAAGGAAGAGGAAAAAAAGGUUGAAAAGAAAGAAAUUGUCGAAGAAAAGAAAAAAGAAGAAAUAAUUGAAAAGAAGAAAAUCGAAGAGAAAAAGAAGGAAGAAGAAAAGAAAAUGAACGAUGUCGAUAAGAAAAAACCAGCAGAAAAGGAGCCGGAGAAAGCCAAACCAGGCAAGAAAGUUAGCAAGGUUGAAGAACUUAAGACGGAAUCUCGAAGAAGUUCGGUUGUUAAAGUGGAACAAAAGAUCGUUCAAGAUGGGGAAACUAAAUCAGAAAGUAGACGGUCUUCUAUUCAGGUUGAGGAACAAAUUUCCGAUUCCCGUCGCUCUUCCAUUGUAGAAGAAAAGAAAAAGAAGGUCGUGAAGAAAACCGCUGUUAAGGAAACGACACCUACAAACGACGUUGAAGCAAAAACUGAAACGAAAAUAGAAGAAGAAAAGAAGGUGACGGAAAAGAAGCUUAAAGAAAAAGUUGCUGAACCAGAGAAGAAGCCGAAAGAAAAAUCGGCCGAACCUGAAAAGAAACCAAAAGAUAUCGAACCUGAAAAACCAAAAGCAAAAUCAGUUGAAGAUAAAAAGGUUGAAGAUAAAAAGAUUGAAGAACCCUCUGUAAUUGAGAAGAAACCUUCAUUGAAGGCGCCAGAAUUAAUCGUUCCUCCGGAAGAACCCCCGAAACUUAGAAAAGUAUCAAAAGCUGGAGAGAGCGAAGAAGUCGCCAACGACAAAGUGAAACUGACGGAGGAAAAAACUAAUGCCAAGGUUAUCAAACCCAAACUCGACCGACCCAAGUACCAACCUCAGUCUGCUACUUCGGAGUCAUUCUUGAACGUUCAGUUGAAGGCUGUUACUAAGGAGGCUAAAGAGGCUCAGCAGGCUGAACAAUCUCAAAUUGCGCUUAAGAAAACGACAGAGAAGGGGAAGGAGGCUGCGAAAAAGACGGUGAAGAAAGGUGAAAAGAUGGAAAAAUCAUAUGAGCUGCCGGAGAUUCCUGAUUAUGAACGUCCAGUGUUAGAGAAGUUUGAGCCUCAUGAUAUGCCGGAGUACGCCGGCAGGGAUAAGACAAAAUUAACAAAGGAUUAUCCGAAGGUGCCGGAGAUCAAGAAACCGGAGGCGCCCAAGAUCGAGAUUCAGAAGGAGAAACCUCCCGAGAUUCAAAAAGAGAAGAGUCCAGAACCGAGGAAGACAUCUUUAGCACCUGGUACUGGCGCUCCUCGCAGAGGUUCUUUGGUUCCACCAGAAGAAGUGGGACGCAGGGCUAGCUUGAUCAUCACAGAUGAGAGCAAAAAAGGCCUCAGACCUGGGGAAUUAGACGAAGGAAAGCGACGUCGUGCAAGUUCCGACGUGCGAAGACCAAGCUUGGCUGAACUUGAAGAUAUGAUUAAUAAACCCAGCACACCUCUAAGACCAACCGGAAGUGGAGGCCCACCGAUUAUCGUUGAUGUACAAGAAAGUUAUUCAGCUGUUGAAGACCAAAAUGCUUACAUCACGGUUCAAGUCGAGGGUAACCCUGCUCCUACAUUCAAAUUUUAUAAGGGUGUUAGUGAAGUUAUCGAAGGUGGUCGUUACAAAUUUUUGACAGAUGGCGAAUACAAUUUGAUUACACUUUGUAUAAGAAAAGUAAAACCAAACGAUGAACAACAAUAUAAAAUUGUUGUUUCGAAUAUGCACGGUGAAGAUAGUGCGGAAAUGAUGCUAUACGUUUCUGAUGCUAGUGGAAUGGAUUUCCGUGCGAUGUUAAAAAAGAGGAAAUACGCAAAAUGGGAUGAAAACAAAGGUGAUCCGGAUUGGGGCGAUUUGAAAGAAGUGGAGAAACCAAUGCCGGCACUCAAGAAAGUUGAAAAGAAACAAGAGUCUUUCUUGAAACCCUUGGUCGAUCAAUUUGCGAAAGAAGGCAAGGAUAAGAAAGUUGUCUUUGAAGCUGGAUUCUCCAAACCAAACUGCAAACCAAAAUGGUUAUUCAGAAAAGACGAAUUAUUCUCGGGCUCGAAGUACAAGUUCAAAAACGAAAAUGAUAUGUAUCAGUUGAUCAUCAUGAAUCCUAAGGUAGAGGACAGUGGGAAAUAUACAAUCGAAAUAGGUGGUGUUACAUGCACGGGUUACUUAAACGUCGACGAACCAGAUCCUUGCUACACCUUCACCAAGCAAUUAAAAAAGAAAUACGACGGCUUCACCGAUCACGAUUUACUUCUAGAAUGUACGGUAAGCAGCAAUAUGGCCGUCGUGCUCUGGUACAAAGGCGAAGAAAAAAUCAAAGAAAGCAAGAAAUUUGAGAUAUCGAAAGAUAUGCAAGGAGUUUGCAAGCUAACCAUCAAAGAUUGCGUCUUCGAGGACGACGGAGAUUACUCUUGCAGAAUAAGCAAGCAAACAGAAAGAACAGACGCCAAAGUCGUCAUAAAAGAAUACCCCUACAAGUUUGUCAAAGUUUUGAAACAUCAACAACUCGUCGAGAAAGAAAACGUAACAUUAGUGUGCGAAUUAGACGACGAAGCCGGCGAAGUUAAGUGGUUCAAAGGCGACCAAGAAAUUAAGGCAGAUAAAAGGAUGAACAUUACCAAAGAUGGCCGUAAAAGGAAGCUGGUCAUCAAAGAUUCUAAAGUUACAGAUGCUGGGAUGUAUUCUUGCGUCAGUAACGCCGAUAAAACUGAAGCAGAGAUCGUCGUAAAUUAUCUUAACCGCUUCAACAAAAAACUCAAGGACACGGACGCAAUCGAACGCGAAAAAUUAAUCCUUGAAGUCGAACUCCAAGAUCAAACAGCUCCAGCCGAUUGGACCUUCAACGGUAAACCCAUCGAGCCUAACGAACGCGUCGAAAUUAAAAACUUAGGCGGUGGUCGCCACCAACUCGUCUUCAACAAACUCGAAAUGGAAGACGACGGCGAAAUCAUGUGCGAAUCGGGAAAAUUGCAAUCAUCCAUGAAAUUAACCGUAAAGAAAGGCGAGAGCAAACCAAUGAUCGACUUCCCAGACACUUACGAAGCUCCCGCGCAUAAAGCCAUCCUUAUGGAAGUCCCAUAUAAAGUUGAUGGCACCAGACAAACACCAAUCGAAGCAAAAUUAGUCAAAAACGAUAAAAUCCUCGGUGCCAAAGACGUCGAUAUCAUAAUAUCAGACGAUAAAGUCACCUUCAAAAUAAAAAAACCAUCGAGAGAUCAAUCCGGGCAAUACCAAAUUAAAAUCGGCAACGGGCAAGGUGAAGACACUAAAGACUGCAACAUCAUCAUGCAAGAUGUACCCACUCCACCUGAAAACGUUGAAGUGAUGGACGUCUUCCAAGACUCUUGCAUCAUCACAUGGAAGAGACCAACGGAUGAUGGAGGUUCUCCCCUCAUUCAUUACGUGGUCGAAAGACAAGACAUCAGUCUUAAAGGUGGUUUUGAAAACGUUGGCGAAUUAAAAGCUGGGGAACCUACCAAAUUUAAAAUUGAAGGAUUAACUCCUAAAAAGACUUACAAAUUUAGAGUUCGCGCGGUAAAUAAGUUAGGGCCAAGCGAACCAGGAAAUUACGCAAAACCGGUCUUAGCCAAAGAUCCUUGGGAUGAACCAAGCAAACCAAAGAACGUUGAAGUUGUUGAUUGGGACAAAGACCACGCCGAUCUUAAAUGGGAUAAACCAGAAAACGAUGGCGGCGCCCCAAUCACAUCUUACAUCAUAGAGUAUAAAGACAAAUUUGGCAAAGAUUGGGUUAAAGGAAUCGAAGUUUCCGGAGACCAAUUCUUAGGCACCGUUCCCGGGUUAAAAGAAAACAACCAAUACGAAUUCAGAGUUCGUGCUGUUAAUAAAGCAGGACCUGGCGAACCCAGCGAUGUCACCAAACCAAUCAUUGCUAAAUGCAGAUUCGUUAAACCAUACAUAAUCGGUAACGAUUUGAUUAACAUUGUCAUCAAAAAAGGUCAAACCAUUAAAUACGACAUCAAAUACGGCGGCGAACCCGAACCAGAAGUUAAAUGGAUGUUAGAUAAAAAAGAAAUUAAACAAGACGCCGAAGAACGCAUUACAAUCGAUAAAUAUGAAAGAAAUACUGUCCUUACAGUUCGAAGAGCUGUAAGAGGCGAUAGCGGCAAAUACAUUUUAGUUUUGAGCAAUAGCUCGGGUACCGUUGAAGGUACAGCCGAUGUAGUUGUUUUAGACAAACCCUCACCGCCGAAAGGACCCCUUAAAGUCGAAGAGGUACGCUCAGAUCACGUCAAAGUGAAAUGGCAAAAACCAGAUGAUUUUGGCGGCACCGAUCUUACCGGUUAUGUUUUGGAAAAGAUGGACAUGGACACCGGAAGGUGGAUCCCCGCCGGAGAAGUUGGCCCUAACGAAGACACCUUCACUUUCAAGGGAUUAACACCCAAAAAGAAAUACAAAUUUAGAGUCAGAGCUAAAAACAAGGAAGGCGAAUCCGAACCACUCGAAACCGACGACGCCAUUUUGGCAAAGAAUCCUUACGACGAACCGGGCGCGCCUGGAAAACCAGAAAUCAUCGAUUACGACAAUAAGAGCGUCACGUUAAGAUGGGCCAAACCGGAAAACGACGGCGGAAGACCCAUCACGCAUUACACCAUUGAAAUGAAAGAUAAAUUCACUGCCGAUUGGAUUGAAGUAGCCACCACGGAAAAUAACGAACCUUGCGGAAAAGUUGAAGGAUUAAAAGAAAAGAUGGUUUAUCAAUUCCGUGUGAGAGCUCAUAAUAAAGCUGGUAAAGGUGCUCCAUCAGAAGCCACAGAUAAUCAUUUAUGCAAACAUAGAAAUCUUAAACCCCGCAUUGACCGAGAGACCUUCAAAACUGUUAUUAUUAAAGCCGGAAGAACACACAAAUGGUCAGUUGACAUCAGUGGUGAACCACCACCGACAGUUCGAUGGGUGUGGCGAGAUGAUAUUCCGCUAACGAAUAGCGAACGUAUUAAAAUAGAAAACGUGGAUUAUCACACUGAUUUUACAUUAACAAAUUGCGUCCGUAAAGAUACCGGAAAAUAUACUUUAAUAGCUGAAAACGCGAAUGGAAAAGAUCAAGAAACCGUGGAAUUGACGGUUCUUGGAAAACCUGGAGCUCCAGGUGGACCUCUCGUAGUUUCUGACGUCACAGCAACUAAAGCUAAAGUCGCUUGGAAAAAACCAGACGAUGAUGGAGGUUUGCCAAUUAAAGAGUACGAAAUUGAAAAGAUGGAUCUCGCCACUGGUAAAUGGGUGAGAUGUGGACGAGUACCUGGUGAUAAAGUCCCCACUGAAUUCGAAGUAACCGGGUUAAAUCCCGGCUCUGAAUACAAAUUUAGAGUAACAGCUGUAAACGAUGAAGGAGACUCAGAACCUCUCGUUUCUGAUAAAGGAAUCGUAGCCAAGAAUCCAUUUGAUGAACCAACCAAACCUGGUACCCCAGAAAUCGUCGACUACGACAACAAAGGUGUCAACUUGAAAUGGGAGAAACCCAAAAGCGAUGGUGGCGCCCCAAUCGAAAAGUACAUCAUCGAAAAGAAAGACAAAUACAAACCAGAUUGGGAAAAAGCUGGAGAAACAAUCGGCGACCAACCCGAAGCGCGCAUUGAAGACCUAAAAGAACGCGGAGAAUAUCAAUUCCGCGUAGUUGCCGUUAACAAAGCUGGUCUCUCACCGCCUUCAGAUGCAUCAAAAAUGCAAAUGAUCAAACAUCGUGCGCUUAAACCCCGCAUUGAUAGAACAAAUUUGAAACCAAUUACAGUACGCGCCGGAAAAAUAGUAAAAUACGAUGUCGAUGUCCAAGGCGAACCUGCCCCUACUUGCACGUGGUUCCACAUCGAAAAAGAGCUAGCUUCAGAAGGUAACAUUGAAAUCACCAAUGUUGAAUAUAACACGAAAAUCAGCAUUACCAACACCAUUCGUAAAAACACCGGUGUUUACAAAAUCAAAGCUGUCAACGAACAUGGAUCAGAUGAAGCCGAAGUCGAAAUAACCAUCCUUAGCGCCCCAUCUAAACCUAAAGGACCUCUUAAAGUAUCCGACGUCACUAAGAACGGUGCUAAAUUAAAAUGGGAUAAACCAGAAGAUGAUGGUGGAAAACCAAUCACUGGUUACGUUGUUGAAAAAUUAGACAAAGCAACUGGACGCUGGGUACCAGUUGGAAGAACUUUAGAACCCGAAAUGGACGUUAAAGGUCUACAAGAAGGAAACGAAUACAAAUUUAGAGUGAAAGCCGUCAACGAUGAGGGAGAAUCCGAACCGCUAGAAACGGAAGGUUCGAUCAUUGCUAAAAAUCCGUUUGAUGUUCCUGGAAAACCAGGAACUCCCGAAAUCGUUGAUUGGGACUCCGAUCGCGUCGAGCUUAAAUGGGCCGCUCCAAAACACAACGGUGGAGCACCCAUUACCGAAUAUGUUAUUGAAAAGAAAGAGAAAUUCUCAACGUCUUGGGAUGAAAUCUUAAAAACGAAUUCUUCAGACUGCGAUGCUAUCGUUACAGGACUUAAAGAAGGAAAUACUUAUCAAUUUAGAGUGCGCGCCGUAAACAAAGCAGGUCCAGGUGAACCUUCAGAUGGUACUCAACCCCACGUUACUAAAGCCAGGCAUAAGAGGCCAUUGAUUAAUCGCGAAAAACUCCACACUGUGAAAGUUCGCGCGGGACAAUUAGUCAAAUUCGAUGUUGAUGUCCAAGGCGAACCCCCACCGACAAUUACCUGGAACUUCGCAAAUAAAGUCCUCGAGAGUAAUAACCACACCAAAAUCGAGAACGAAGAUUACAACACCAAGUUUACUAUGACUGGCACAACCAGAAAAGACACAGGAAAAUACACGAUUAGAGCCGAAAACGAAUCAGGAUUCGAUGAAGCUCCCGUCGAAGUAAUCAUCCUUGAUAAACCAGGAAAACCGGAAGGACCAUUAGAAGUCUCGGACGUCCAUAAAGAAGGCUGUAAACUUAAAUGGAAAAAACCCAAAGAUGAUGGGGGACUCCCACUCACCGGAUACGUUCUUGAAAAACAAGAAGCCGGAUCAGGGAGAUGGGUUCCCGCUGGAUUUAUCGACCCAGAUAAAACAGACCAUGAAAUCACCGGUUUAGAACCAAACAAGCGUUACGACUUUAGAGUAAAAGCAGUUAACGAAGAAGGCGAAUCUGAACCUCUCGAAUCCGACGCCUCCAUUUUGGCCAAAAAUCCAUUCGAUAUUUCCGCACCUCCCGGUUUACCUGAAAUUGUAGAUUGGGACGAACAUUCCGUCAAACUCAAGUGGGAUAAACCAAUUCGUGAUGGCGGAGCUCCAAUCACCGGCUACAUCAUCGAAGCUAUGGAUAAAAACACCGGGCACUUUGCAAAAGUUGCGGAAGUUGGCCCGACUUGUCAAGGAACAGUUGGAAAACUUGAGGAGGGCAAUCAAUACAAAUUUAGAGUUAGGGCUAUUAACAAAGCUGGUCAAUCAGAACCAUCCGAACAAACCAAUUGGCACACCGCUAAACCAAGAUGGUUGAAACCAUUGAUCGAUCGCACAAACUUGAAACCAUUAACGAUCAAAUCAGGCCUCUCUAUCAGUUUAGACAUCAACAUCCAAGGUGAACCUCCACCGAAAGUUACUUGGUUCUUCAACGGCCAAGAACUUCAAGGAGACGAAAUUAUGCGCAUCGAUAACAUUGACUAUAACACGAAAUUCUUCGUUCUUAAAUCAAAACGGACUAUGUCAGGAAAAUACACAAUCACCGCUAAGAACGAGGUUGGAGAAGACACAGCCGAUAUCGACAUCACGAUCUUGGGUAAACCAGGAAAACCCAAAGGACCUUUGGAAGUAUCAGACGUAACCAAACAUGGUUGCAAACUUAAAUGGAAAAAACCGGAAGAUGACGGAGGUGCUCCAAUUGAUCAUUACGAAAUCGAAAAACUUGAUCCUUUAACUGGUCAGUGGUUACCUUGCGGAAGAAGCAACGAACCCGAAGCAACAGUAACCGGACUCCAAGAAGGCAAACCCUACAAAUUUAGGGUAAAAGCCGUAAACAAAGAAGGAGAAUCCGAACCCCUCGAAACCGAAAAAACAAUCAUCGCUAAAAAUCCAUUCGAUGAACCAGGCAAACCAGGUCGUCCAGAUCUUAAAGAUUGGGACAAAGACUUUGUCGAACUUGCAUGGAAACCACCCGCGAACGACGGUGGUGCCCCUAUUGAAAAAUACAUCAUUCAAAUGCACGAUAAAGCCGGACGUGGUUGGAUUGAUGCUGCUACAGUACCCGGAGAUAGAACAGCCGGUAGAGUUGAUACGGUCGAAGAAGGCCACGAAUACGAAUUCCGUAUUGUUGCUGUAAAUAAAGCUGGGCCUAGCGAACCUAGCGAUCCAUCUAAACCCGUAAUUGCCAAACCACGAUUUUUGGCACCUAAAAUCGAUCGUAAGAAUCUCCAAAAGAAAACUUUGCGCGUUGGGCAACUCCUUCGCAUUGAAGCAGAUGUCCAAGGUGAACCUGCACCUACAGUUGUAUGGACCCUCAAAGAACAAACUUUAAGAACAACCGACAGAUUAAAAAUUGAGAAUGAGGAUUACCACACCACAUUCAUUCUUCAAAAAGCUAAACGAUCAGAUACCGCUACAUACACCGUCACUGCGAGGAACGAUUCCGGUGUAGAUACAGUCGAUGUUGAAAUCUUGGUUCUUAGCAAACCAUCUAAGCCUAAAGGCCCUCUUAAAGUUUCUGAUGUAUCCGCGGAAGGUUGUAAAUUAAAAUGGGAACCCCCAGAAGACGACGGUGGUGAACCGGUUAAAGAAUACCUCGUUGAAAGGCAAGAUGUUGAAACUGGAAGAUGGGUUCCUGUUGCAACCACCAAAACCCCCGAAGCUGAUGUAACCGGAUUAAUCGAAGGAAAAGAUUAUCAAUUCCGAGUAAAAGCUGUGAAUUCCGAGGGCGAAUCGGAACCUUUAGUCACCGAUGCUCCAACCACUGCUAAGAACCCGUACACUGAACCAGAUGCUCCUGGUAAACCAGAACUUAAAGAUUGGAGUCGCAAUCACGCCGAUCUCAAAUGGGAAGCUCCGAAACAAGAUGGUGGAGCACCAAUCACAGGAUAUGUCGUUGAAAAGAAGAACCCCAUUACUGGAAAAUGGGAGAAAGCUGUUGAAGUUCCAGCAAAUAAAACUGAAGCGAGAGUACCUGAUUUACAAGAAGGACAGAAGUAUCAAUUCAGGGUCAAAGCCGUUAAUAAAGGUGGCGAAAGUAAACCUUCACCUCCUUCAGAAACCAUCACUGCUAAAGAUAGAUUUGUUCCACCUAAAAUUGAUAGAACCCAUCUUAAAGAUAUCACCGUUAAAGCCGGACAACUUAUUAAACUCGACGUUAAAGUUUCUGGUGAACCCCCACCAACUAAAACUUGGUUCCUUAACAAAGCUCGUAUCGAAAAACGAGACGACAUCACUAUUGAUUUAGAAGAUUAUAAAACUAAAUUUGUUAUAACCAGCGCUGCAAGAAUACACACUGGUUCAUUAACAUUAAAAGCAGAAAACACCAGUGGCAAAGAUGAAGCUACUAUUCAAAUUAAAGUUUUGGAUAAACCAGCUAAACCUGAAGGACCUCUUAAGAUCAGCGACGUUCAUAAAGAAGGUUGUAGUUUAAGGUGGAAUCCACCACUUGAUGAUGGUGGUUCUCCCAUCGAUUAUUAUCAAGUUGAAAAAAUGGAUAAAGACACCGGACGGUGGGUUCCGGCUGGAAGAGCUAAAGAACCCAAAAUCGAUCUUGAUAACUUAGAACCUGGUCAAGAAUACAAAUUUAGAGUAGCCGCUGUUAACUCUGAGGGUGAAUCAGUUCCUUUGGAGGCAGAAGAAAGUAUUAUCGCUAAAAAUCCAUUCGAUGAACCUGGUGCUCCUGGUAAACCUGAGGUUACCGAUUGGGACAAAGACCACGUAGACCUACGAUGGACUCCACCAGCGAACGAUGGUGGAUCUCCAAUCACAGGGUACAUCAUCGAGAAAAGGGAGAAAGGUUCUCCCAAAUGGACAAAAGCCGGCGAAACGGGUCCUCAUGACACCAAAGGAACAGCCGAUAAUCUCGACGAAGGCGUCGAAUAUGAAUUCCGCGUACGUGCGGUUAAUGCUGCUGGGCCAGGCGAACCCAGCGCUGCCUCCAAUUCCGUCAUAACCAAACCCAGAAGAUUGGCUCCUAAAAUCGAUAGAAGAACUUUGCAUAACAUUACUGUUAAAGAAGGAGAACCAAUCUAUAUUGACGUCAAAGUAUCUGGAGAACCUGCACCUGAAAUUACGUGGUACCAAGACGACAAGACCAUCAUCCCCGGCGGUAGCCGCCGUAUUGAUAACAUUCCUUACAACUCCAAAUUCUUCAACGAUAAACCCGAACGCAAGGAUACUGGAGUUUAUAAGAUACAAGCCACGAAUAAAUACGGGCAGGAUACGGCAGAAAUAGAAAUUAACGUCAUUUGCAAACCAGGAAAACCAGAAGGUCCACUCGAAGUUAGCGACAUUCACAAAGAUGGGUGCACCCUCAAAUGGAAAAAACCAAAAGACGACGGCGGCGAACCAAUCGAAAACUACGUCGUUGAAAAACUUGAUCCAGAAACCGGUAUUUGGCUACCAGUUGCUAAAACAGAUGGUCCAAUACCAGAAUUAAAAGUAGACGGCCUUGUACCAGGUCAUGAAUACAAAUUCCGCGUUAAAGCCGUUAAUAAAGAAGGCGAAUCAGAACCUUUGGAGACACUAGGAACCAUUGUUGCAAGAGAUCCAUUCACAACUCCAAGCAAGCCAGGUGCUCCAGAACCCGAAGAUUGGUCCGCAAACCACGUUGAUCUUAAAUGGUCCGAACCCCCAUCCGAUGGUGGAUCUCCAAUUACCGGUUACAUCAUUGAAAUGAAAGAUAAAUACAGCCCUCUUUGGGAAAAAGCUAUCGAAACAACCACUUCUAAACCAGCCGCUACAGUAACUGGAUUAGUCGAAGGAAAUGAAUAUCAAUUCAGAGUAAUCGCAGUUAACAAAGCUGGCCUCAGUGCACCCUCAGAACCCGGCAAAACCUUCGUUGCCAAACCAAGAUUUUUGGCGCCGAAAAUCGAUCGACGCCACCUUCACGAUAUCACUUUAUCGUCUGGUUCGGCGCUCAAAUUCGAAGCGAACAUCAUUGGUGAACCCCCACCGACGGUUGAAUGGAAAUUCAACGCGGUUACUUUAAGAAACGACAAAAAAACUUUAAUUGAUAACGUCGAUUAUUUCACUAAGAUCGCGAUUAGACCAGUUAAACGCGAAGAUAGCGGGGAAUACACCGUUACAGCUUCAAAUUCUUCUGGUAGAGAUGUUCACGUCAUCAAUGUAACAGUAACGGAUAAACCAUCACCUCCCGAAGGUCCACUACAAGUUUCUGACGUCCAUAAACACGGAUGCAAAUUGAAAUGGAAGAGACCUAAAGACGACGGCGGUACUCCUAUCGAAUACUAUCAAGUUGAUAAGCUUGAUGAAGAAACAGGAUGUUGGGUACCUUGUGGAAGAUCGACAGAACCUAACCUUGAAGUCAAUAACUUAACCCCAGGAAAAGAAUACAAAUUCCGAGUUGCCGCUGUAAAUGCGGAAGGCGAAUCAAAACCUUUAGAAACUGAACAUUCGAUUAUUGCUAAGAAUCCAUUUGAUGAACCUGGACCACCAGGACACCUUAAAGCUACAGAUUGGGAUAAAGACCACGUCGAUCUUGCUUGGACUCCACCUGCCAACGAUGGAGGCUCCCCAAUAACUGGCUAUAUCGUCGAAAAGAAAGACAAAUUUGGUGAAUGGGAAAAAGCUUUGGAAGUCCCAGCCACCGCUCUUAAAGCCACAGUACCCGAUUUAAUCGAAGGUCAACCGUACGAAUUUAGAGUCCGCGCAGUGAACGCAGCUGGACCUGGUGACCCUAGCAACGAAACCCCAACGAUUAUCGCUAAAGCCCGCAACCAAGCUCCUAAAAUCGAUAGAACUAACCUCAUCGAAGUUAGAAUUCGCGCCGGACAAAACUUUGGAUUUGAUGUUAAAGUCACCGGCGAACCCAUGCCCACAACUAAGUGGUUAAUUAAGGGUAAAGAGAUCAAAUCCAGUGAUAGAGUUAAAAUACAACACUCUGAUUACAACACCAAAAUAAGCAUCAAAGGCGCAACUAGAGCUGAAUCUGGAACUUACACCGUCACCGCUGAAAACGUAAACGGCAAAGACAUCGCCGAUGUAGAAGUAAUCGUUUUAGACGUCCCAAGCCCACCUGGUGGACCACUCAAAGUUUCUGACGUACACGCCAACGGUUGCAAACUCAACUGGCGACCACCAGCUGAUGAUGGUGGCCAACCCGUUGAAUGCUACGUUGUUGAAAAAAUGGAUGAAGCCACCGGAAGAUGGGUACCCGUUGGAGAAACCGACGGCCCAUCCACAUCCAUGAACGUCGACGGUCUUACACCCGGCAAAAAAUAUAAAUUCAGAGUACGAGCAGUUAAUAGACAAGGCAAAUCUGAACCACUAACAACAGAUAAAGCUAUUGAAGCUAAAAAUCCAUUCGACGAGCCCGGAAAACCAGGAGUACCUGAAAUAACCGAUUUCGACAAAGACUUCGUCGAACUUAAAUGGGACAAACCGGAAACUGACGGUGGUUCACCGAUUACCGGCUACAUCAUUGAAAAACGCGACAAAUACAAUCCCAAUUGGGAGAAAUGUGCCGAAGUUGAAGGCGACGCCACCGUUGGAAAAGUUAACGAUCUCAUUGAAGGCACCCCAUAUGAAUUCCGAAUUCGUGCAGUGAACAAAGCGGGACCUGGUGUUCCUAGCGACGCUUCUAAAAUCCACGUUGCAAGACCUAAAAAUCUUGCACCUAAAAUCGACCGAAACGCUUUCGGUAAUAUUAAGAUUCGUGUUGGGCAAUCGUUCGAAUUUAACGUUCCUGUUAUCGGGGAACCCCCACCGACGAAGGAAUGGAUGACCAAAGAUUGUCUCAUCCUCGCAACAGAUCGCAUUAAAAUCACCAAUGAGGAUUACCUCACUAAAUUUAAAUUAACCGAAGCUAAACGAUCAGAUAGUGGCGAGUACACAUUAGUAGCUAAAAAUCGCAAUGGUAAAGAUACCGCUACGGUUACUGUUGUUGUUAUGGAUAUUCCAACAGCUCCAGAAGGGCCACUCAAAGCUGAUAAUGUCACCAAGAAUUCACUUAACCUUCACUGGAGACCACCAAAAGACGACGGUGGUUGCGAAAUCACUCAUUACGCCGUUGAGAAGUUGGAUAUGGAGAAUAUGAGGUGGGUGCCUGUUGGAGAAGCUGUUGGAACUUCAAUGAGAGUAGACCAUCUCGUUGAAGGACACGAUUAUAAAUUCAGGGUUAAAGCUUGCAACAAAUUAGGAGAAUCUGCACCUUUAACCACACUCGAGAGUAUCACUGCUAAAGAUCCGUUCAGUAAACCAGAUAAACCCGGCCAACCACAAGCUACCGAUUGGGAUAAGGAUCAUGUCGACUUAGAAUGGACCGCUCCUAAGAAAGAUGGAGGCAGUCCCAUCACCGGUUAUAUCAUUGAAAAGAGACCUAAACACGGAACUUGGGAGAAAGCAUGCGAAGUGCCUGGUAAUCAAACGAAAGGAACCGUUCCUGAUCUAACGGAAGGUGAAGAAUACGAAUUUAGAGUUAUCGCUGUUAAUAAAGGUGGACAAAGCGAACCUAGCGAAGCUUCUCUACCUGUAAUCGCUAAACCAAGAUUCCUUGCACCCAACUUUAAUAAGACACUCUUACACGAUAUUACGGUUAAAGCUGGUAGCAGAAUUAGUUAUAAUAUUCCUAUUGAAGCCGCGCCAAAACCAACUGCCCAAUGGGCUAAAGAUGGCAGAGAAAUCCAUUCGAGCGAUAGAGUCGAUAUGUUCGUCUCGACUAGCCGUGUAACAUUUGAUAUUGCAUCCGCUUUAAGGUCUGAUACUGGAAGAUAUACUUUAACAUUAAAGAACGACUUGGGUCAAUGUUCAGCAUCUGCCAGUGUUACAGUUAUAGAUAGACCUGGACCACCGCAAGCACCACUCGAUGUGAGUUGUGUCACUAAAGAAAGUGCUCGUAUCAGCUGGAAACCACCGAAAGAUGACGGUGGUUCACCAAUUCUCCACUAUAUCGUUGAAAAAAUGGAUGUUUCCCGUGGAAUUUGGUCAGAUGCCGGCAUGGCUACAAUUACAUCUCACGAUAUCACCAGAUUGGUUCAUCGUAAAGAGUAUUAUUUCCGAGUUAAAGCUGUUAAUGCUGUAGGGGAAUCUGAACCAUUAGAAACUCCAAGAAGCAUUAUCGCCAAAAACGAAUUUGAUGAGCCAGACGCUCCUAGCAAACCUGCCGUUACCGAUUGGGAUAAAGAUCACGUUGACCUUGAAUGGAAUCCUCCCAAGAACGAUGGAGGAUCUCCCAUCACCGGUUACAUUAUCCAAAAGAAAGAAAAAGGAAGUCCCUAUUGGAUCAACGCAGUUCACGUACCUGCUAAAUCCAACUCUGCCACUGUUCCUGAUUUAACAGAAGGACAAGAAUACGAAUUUAGAGUCAUUGCUACUAACGCUGCAGGUCAAAGUGAACCAUCAGAACCUUCAGAUCUUGUCACAGCUAAAGCUAGAUUCCUUGCUCCAAAGAUCAAAACACCACUUAACGAUAUUAGAAUCAAAGCAGGACUCAUCCUGCAUGUUGAUAUUGACUUUAUCGGCGAACCAACGCCGGACGUCAUAUGGACCGUUGGAGGAAAAUCUCUUACAGCUGAUGAACGUACUUCAGUAACAUCAAUCGGCCAUCACACUAUUAUACACACUGUCAAUGCUAAACGAUCAGAUAGCGGCCUUUAUAACUUGCACUUAAAGAAUAGCUCGGGAAUGGAUGAAGGGUCAUUCCAAGUCAUUGUUUUAGAUCGCCCUGGACCACCGGAAGCUCCAUUGGAAUACGAAGAAAUUACAGCACAAAGUGUAACAUUAUCAUGGAAACCACCAAAGGAUAAUGGAGGAAGUGAAAUAACUGGUUAUGUUAUUGAAAAACGCGAUUUAACACAUGGAGGUGGCUGGGUGCCAGCCGUAAAUUACGUCAACCCCAAGUUUAAUCACGCCUCAGUUCCAAGAUUGAUCGAAGGCACUAAAUACGAAUUUCGAGUUUUCGCCGAGAAUUUACAAGGACGUUCAGAUCCAUUGAAUACUCAAAAACCAGUUGUCGCGAAGAACCAAUACGAUGUUCCUGGAAAGCCUGGCAAACCAGAGCUUGUGGAUAGCGAUAAAGAUCAUAUUAAGAUUAAAUGGAGUGCUCCAAUCAGCAACGGUGGCUCCCCCAUUAUGGGGUAUGACAUUGAAAGGAGAGAUCGGGCCACCGGGCGCUGGAUAAAACUGAAUAAGGACCCCGUUCCUGGACAAAGUUAUUAUGACGACAGAGUUCAAGAUGGCCACCAAUACGAAUAUAGGGUAUCUGCAGUUAACGCCGCAGGACCCGGUAAACCAAGUGAUGCCUCAAGUGUAUUCACAGCUAAACCAAUGAAAGAAAAACCGAAACUCUUCUUGGAUGGCAUCAUCGGGCGCAAGAUCAAAGUUAGAGCUGGCGAACCAAUUAACAUCGACAUCCCACUCGCUGGUGCACCAAUCCCAACCGUCGAGUGGUGCAAAAAUGCUAUUCGAAUUCCAGAAUCUAACAGAGUAUCCACUGACACAAACAGCGAAAGAACCAGAUUGCGCGUUGAAGCAUCCAAUAGAGACGAUUCUGGAAAAUACACCGUUACAGCUAAGAAUGAAUACGGCUCAGAUUCCGGUGAUAUCGAAGUAAUCGUUGUUGAUAAACCAGGCGUACCGAGAGGACCUUUAACCUACACAGAAACUACCCAAGAAACUGUAUCAUUAUCUUGGAACCCACCCUUAGAUGAUGGAGGUGGUGACAUCACUAAUUACAUCGUUGAAGUAAGCGAAUUCGGCACAGAUUCAUGGAGACCUUGUCCCGGAUUCUGUCCAAGACCAGCCUUCACCGUUCGCGGCCUCACCGAAGGCAAAAAAUACGUAUUCCGCGUUAGAGCGGAAAAUAUUUAUGGCGUUUCUGAACCAUUAGAAGGCAAACCUGUUAUUGCCAAGAGUCCAUUUGAUCCUCCAGGUGCUCCUCAUCAACCAGAAGUACUUGGAUAUACACCUUCAAGUUGCUCCUUAGCUUGGAAACCUCCUACUUAUACCGGAGGAAAACCAAUUACCGGGUAUUAUAUUGAAAAACGCGAACGCGGUGGCGAAUGGAUGAGGGUUAAUAAUUAUCCAACACCGAAUAAUACUUAUACUGUUCAAGAUUUACGCGAAGGUAACAAAUAUGAAUUUAGGGUAGUUGCCGUUAAUGAAGCUGGACCUGGUGAACCAAGCAAACCAACUGAACCUAUUAUUGCUUCCCAUCAAAGAUUCAAACCAGAUCCACCUGAACCACCAAAAGCAGAUCGUGUUACAAAAGAUAGUGUUACACUUUCUUGGAGACCACCGCGUAACGACGGAGGUUCUAAAAUUAAAGGUUACAUCGUGCAACAAAGGAAAAAAGGAGAGGAUGAUUGGAGCGACGUCAACGCAAUUCCAAUCCCAGGAACAGUACAUACAGUUCCAAGACUUAAAGAAGGUGAAGAGUACCAAUUCAGAGUUAUUGCCGUAAAUGAUUUAGGUAAUUCCGAACCAAGCAAAGCAAGCCCAUAUAUCCUCAUUGAAGAACAACCAAAUAAGCCCGUUAUGGACCUCGGUGGAGUAAGAGAUAUAACCGUAAGAGCCGGCGAAGAUUUCAGCAUCCAUGUGCCAUACGUUGGGUUCCCAAGACCCACCGCAUCUUGGUUUGCCAACGAUAAGAUUUUAGAUGAAACAGACACCAGAGUAUUCCCACAAUUAGCUGAUGAUUACGCUAGUAUUAUCGUCAAAAACUCGAAACGCACAGACAGUGGCCAAUAUAGACUACAACUUAGAAACCCAUCGGGUUACGACACCGCUACGAUUAACGUUAAAGUACUCGAUCGUCCUGGUAAACCAGAAAACCUUCGAGCCGACGAAUUUGCCGGAGAUGCUCUUACUUUGUAUUGGCAACCACCGAAAGAUAACGGAGGGGCGGAAAUUACAAAUUACAUCGUCGAAAAGAAAGAAGCCAAAUCACAAACUUGGUCGAAAGUUAGCAGCUACGUCACAGUUCCAUUCAUUAGAAUUAGAAAUCUCACGCUUGGUCGUGAAUACGAUUUCCGCGUUAUCGCCGAAAAUCAAUACGGACAAAGCGAACCUGCCGUUACUUCUGAACCAAUCAAAGCUCGUCAUCCGUUUGAUCCCCCAGGACCACCUGGAGUACCUAGAGGUGUUGAUUCCUCCGAAGAUUCCAUCACAAUUAGCUGGAAUAAACCACGCCACGAUGGUGGGUCACCAAUUACAGGAUAUGUCGUUGAGAAGAGAUUAAUUUCUGAAGAUAAAUGGACCAAAGCUUCUCACGCAAUCGUUCCAGAUCUUACAUUAAAGGUAAUCAACUUGAUUGAAAAUCACGAAUAUGAAUUCCGCGUAGCAGCUAUAAACGCAGCUGGACAAGGACCAUGGUCAGGCGCUUCCGAUAUCCUCGUAGCGAGAGCCCCACCAUCAGCUCCCAAAAUCACUUCUGAUCUAAGCAUCCGCGAUAUGAUUGUAAUCGCUGGUGAAGAAUUCAGAAUUACCGUCCCUUACACUGCCAGUCCAAAGCCGAGAGAAACUUGGAGCAUAAACGGAGAUGAAGUUAUCCAAGAUCACCGAAUUAAAUUUGAAACUACCGAUAUUGCGUCAAUCUUCCACAACAAAUCAGCCAAGAGAUCCGACAGUGGUGGCUACACAAUCAAACUUACGAACAGCGUAGGUUCUGAUGCUGCCUCUUGCCGUGUUUUAGUCGUGGAUAAACCACAACCACCACAAGGACCAUUAGAUGUAUCCGAUAUCACUCCCGAUAAUUGCUCGCUCGCUUGGAGAGCACCAUUGGAUGAUGGAGGUUCACCAAUUACAAAUUACAUCGUUGAAAGAUUCGAACCGAGUGGAAUAUGGACAAAGGUCAGCAGUUUUGUUCGCAACACUCAUUAUGACGUUAUGGGAUUAGAACCAAAUAAGAAGUACAGUUUUAGAGUUAGAGCUGAAAAUCAAUACGGUAUCAGUGAACCACUAGAAACUUUAGAACCAAUCACAGCGAAAUUCCCCUUCACGGUACCAGACGCACCUGGAGCACCACGCGUUACAGAUUGGGAAACCACCACCAUUCACUUAGCUUGGGAUAGGCCCAAUAACGACGGUGGAUCUCGCAUUCAAGGUUACAAAUUGGAAUAUCGAGAUGUAUCAGAAAGCAGCUGGGUCACUGCUAGCGAUUAUCUUAUCAAAGAUAGUCAUUUUACGCUGUACAACAUGACGAGCGGAAGAGAAUACGAAUUCCGUGUACGUGCCAAAAACGCUGCCGGAUUUAGUAAACCAUCUGCAUCUUCCAGCAAAUUCAAACUUAAAGGGAAAUUCAACGUCCCAUCACCACCAUGUGCACCAAAAGUGGUUAAAGUUGGUAAAGGAUAUGUUGAUCUUAUUUGGGAACCACCAACAAGCGAUGGUGGUUCUAGAAUAACCGGAUAUAUCAUUGAAAAGCGAGAAAUCGGUAGCGCCGUAUGGACCAGGUGCAACGAAUACAACGUAACAGACACCAGUUACACCGCACUUAAUCUUAUCGACGGAUCAGAUUACGAAUUCAGAAUCUUUGCCGUUAACGCUGCCGGAAAAAGCGAUGCGUCAGCUUGCACCACCCCCGUUAAAGUAUGUGAAGUACUCGGCGGUGAAAAACCAGAAUGGCUCAAACAAUUAUCAAACCAAACAGUACCACUUGGAAGAACUCUCACGUUGGAAUGCGAAGCAUCUGGCAAACCUGCACCUACUUAUCGCUGGUUGAGAAACGGAAGAGAAAUUAAUCUCACCGGAAGAUUUAGACACGAAACUAGAGGAAAUACUGCUUUCUUACAUGUCUCUGAUGUUCUUAGCAUUGAUGAUGGAGAUUAUACUUGCGAAGCAAGUAAUGUUCUUGGAUCUGUAAGGACUACAUGCUCGGUUAAAGUUGGAUCGCCUCCAAGAAUCGAUCGCAUACCUGGUGAUUUAUACUUACCAGAAGGUGAUAACACCAAGAUUAAGAUUUACUACUCAGGAGAUCAACCAUUAGAUGUGAUCUUAACAAAGAGCGGCACCGUAAUUGAAGAAUCAGCUCAUAUUAAAUACACCGUCUUCGAUGAUUACAUAAUAAUCUUUAUUAAGGGUAUAACAAAAGAAGACGCGGGAUUAUACAAUUUGACGGUUAAAAAUGAUAGCGGAAGCGCGUCGGGUUCAUUCACAGUUUACAUAACCGGCCUUCCCGGACCGCCAAACGGCCCAUUAGAAACAACCGACAUCACCAAACAUACUUGCACCUUAUCUUGGAGACCCCCGAGUUACGACGGAGGAUUACGCGUUACCCAUUACGUUAUUGAACGCAAAGAUAUCAGUGGAACUCACUGGAUAACCAUCAAUUCAAGUUGCAGAGACACAACGUUUACCGUCCAAGGUUUGGCUGAAGGUCAAGAAUAUCUAUUUAGAGUAAUGGCAGUGAAUGAUAACGGAAUGGGACCUCCACUUGAAGGUGUCAACCCGAUAAAAGCUAAAGCACCUUACGACCCACCAUCACCACCUGGUGUACCUAAAGUUACCGAAGUUGGUGGUGAUUUCGUCAAUUUGGAAUGGACCAAACCGGAGUCGGAUGGUGGUGCUAGAAUCCAAGGUUAUUGGAUCGAUAAGCGCGAAGUUGGAAGCAACGCUUGGCAGAGAGUAAACGUUGCGAUUUGUUUACCCACCCAAAUCAAUAUUUCAAAUCUAAUAGAAGACCGCCAAUAUGAAUUUAGAGUGUUCGCGCAGAACAUCGCGGGAAUUUCCGAACCAUCUCAAGCUUCGUCUUCCGUUAAAAUCAAAGAUCCACUUUGCGCCACACCACCAGAAAUUAUCAAACCACUUAAAAACGCAAAUUGUAUUCAAAAUCACAACGCUAAAUUCGAAUGUACCAUCACCGGCGUACCGAAACCCACCAUCACUUGGUAUAAAGGUGCUCGAGAAAUCGUCAGCGGAUCCAAAUACCAAAUUUAUAGUGAAGGAGAUGUCCACCACCUCAACGUUAACGACAUCUACGGCGAAGACGCAGAUGAAUACGUUUGCAGAGCGGUUAAUAAAGGUGGAGUUAAAUCAACACGUGCAGAACUUGUUAUUAUGACACCGGCCAAAUUAAACAUUCCGCCAAGAUUCAGAGAUACCGCCUUCUUUGAUAAGGGUGAAAAUGUUGUUAUUAAAAUUCCGUUCACUGGGCAUCCUAAGCCUAGGAUAACGUGGGUUAGAGAAGGAGACACGAUCGAAUCCGGUGGUCAUUACCAUGUUGAAGUUAAAGAUCGUCACGCUAUUCUUACAAUUCGCGAUGGAAGCAAGUUAGAUAGUGGACCCUAUAGAAUUACAGCCGAAAAUGAUCUCGGACAAGAUUCCGCGAUCAUCAAAAUCCAAAUUAGCGAUCGUCCUGAUCCUCCAAGAUUCCCAGCUGUUGAUAGCAUCGGUACUGAUUCAUUGGCUUUAUCUUGGAAAGCUCCAGUUUGGGAUGGUGGUAGCAACAUUACAAAUUACUUGGUUGAAAGACGCGAACACCCAUUAAACACAUGGAUAAGAGUUGGCAACACAAGAUUCACCACAAUGGCCGUUAGCGGAUUAGCUCCAGGUCAUCAAUACGAAUUUAGAAUAUACGCCGAGAACAUUUACGGACGUUCCGAUCCGUCGGAAGUUAGCACGUUAGUUUCCACGAAAGACACCGGCAAAAAGAAAGAACAAAAGAGGAAAUACGAAGUUGAUGAGACCGGCAAAAAGAUUAGGGAGUCUCAUAAAGAACCAAUUAGAGACUACGAUCAAUACGUAUUCGAUAUUUACUCUAAAUAUGUCCCUCAACCAGUUGAUAUCAAAACGAGGAGUGUUUAUGAUGAUUACGAUAUCUUGGAAGAAAUCGGAACCGGCGCCUUUGGCGUAGUUCACCGAUGCAGAGAACGCAAAACUGGAAAUAUCUUCGCAGCUAAAUUCAUCCCGGUAUCUCACGCGAUGGAAAAAGAGCUUAUCCGCAAAGAAAUCGAUAUAAUGAAUCAACUACAUCAUCCCAAACUAAUCAACCUUCACGAUGCGUUUGAAGACGACGACGAAAUGGUUCUCAUAUACGAAUUCUUAUCCGGUGGAGAACUCUUUGAGAGAAUCACCGCCGAAGGAUACCAAAUGUCCGAAGCCGAAGUUAUUAAUUACAUGAGACAAAUUUGUGAAGGCAUCAAACACAUGCACGAGAAAAACAUCAUUCAUCUCGAUAUCAAACCCGAAAACAUCAUGUGCCAAACAAAGAAGAGUACCAACAUCAAAUUAAUCGACUUUGGUUUAGCAACCAAACUCGAUCCAAACGAAGUUGUUAAAAUUUCAACUGGAACUGCAGAAUUCGCAGCUCCCGAAAUCGUAGAACGCGAACCCGUGGGCUUUUACACAGAUAUGUGGGCCGUCGGUGUUUUGGCUUACGUCUUAUUAAGCGGCCUCUCGCCGUUUGCCGGCGAAAACGACAUUGAAACACUUAAAAAUGUUAAAGCUUGCGAUUGGGACUUUGAUGAAGAAGCUUUUGGUAAUGUAUCCGAAGAAGGCAAAGAUUUCAUCCGAAGAUUACUCGUCAAGAACAAAGAAAAACGCCUUACAGCCCAAGAAUGCUUAGUACAUGCUUGGUUAGCCGGAGACCACAGCAGCAAAACUAAAGAAAUCGAACAAACCAGAUAUCUCCGCAUCCGCGAUCAAAUCCGCGCUAAAUACGAAAAUUGGGAUAAAUAUAUUUUGCCAAUCGGCAGAUUAUCUGAAUACUCAUCAUUACGGAAAUUACUUAUGGAGAAAUAUAGAAUACACGAUUCAUUCUUCGAUCGCAGACAAGCCGCUCCUAGAUUUGUUAUUAAACCGCAAAGCGCGUUCUGCUACGAAGGACAGAGCGUCAAAUUUUAUUGCAGAGUUAUUGGAUGCGCUCAACCCACUCUUAGUUGGUAUCACAAUAACGUUGAAUUAAGACAAAGCGUUAAAUAUAUGAAACGUUACGUUGGAGAUGACUAUUAUUUCGUUAUUAAUAGAGCUAAAUUAUCUGAUCGUGGUGAAUACAUUAUUAGAGCAGAAAAUCAUUAUGGAUCUAGAGAAGAAGUGGUAUUCUUAAAUGUUCAACCUGUACCAACCGUUGUUCCGGAAUAUAGACCAGAAACGCAACCAGUGCGUAGACGCGAACCUCUUCCAUACACUUUCUGGCAAGAAGAACAAGAAUGUGCCCCAUCAUUUACAUUCUUAUUACGCCCACGUGUCAUGCAAGAACGCGACACUUGCAAAUUGCUUUGUUGUUUGAGCGGAAAACCGUUCCCAACCGUAAAAUGGUACAAAGAUAAGCGCGAAUUGAGUAAAUACGAAUAUUCCAUGUCGUCAUCGGACGGAGUAGUAACCAUGGAAAUAGUCGGAUGCAGACCAGGCGAUUCCGGAAAAUAUAGUUGUGUAGCAACUAACAUUCACGGCCAAGAUGAAACAUCCUGCGUGGUUAUUGUUGAAGGCGAAAGCAGCACCGCCGCACAAUCCGAAUUGGCGCAUAAAUUGUUGUACUCUGGUGAUAGAAAAUACAUCGAACAACCGAUUAAACCCGCACCUAUUCCGGUUACCAUCAAAAAGCAAAUUACAACACCCAGCGUUCCCCAACAAGCAAGCUCAAAAUUAGCAAGUUUAAACGUUGAUGGAGACAAGAAAUCGCCGAAAAAAUAUGGAAGGUUAGAUUCAACCGGAAGUCCUAACAGAUCUAGAAGUGCCACUAAAGAAUUAGCAUUGCCACCCGAUGAUUCCACAAUGUGCGCCCCAAGUUUUUCAAGAGAAUUAAAAGACUUGACCGUAAAUGAUGGUGAAAGUUUGACCUUGACAUGUUCAGUUGUUGGAGAUCCCGAACCCCAAGUCACUUGGACUAAAAGUGGAAAACCUCUAAGUUCAUCAGACGUAGUCGAUUUGAAAUACAAAAACGGCAUGGCCAAGUUACAUAUAAACGAGGUAUACCCCGAAGAUGAAGGUGAAUACGUUUGUAAGGCAACUAAUUCAGUUGGAACAACAGAAACUAAAUGCACUUUAAAAAUUAAACCAAUGGUAAACGGAAAGAAAAAGAGCAGUGAAGAUAAACCACCUAAAAUAGUAAGCCACCUUCAAUCAGCUUUCGUAAAUGAUGGAGAACCAGUAACAUUGUCCUGCCGUAUAAUUGGGGCGGAAAAAUUCGACGUAAUCUGGUUGCAUAACAACAAAGAGAUAAAACCAAGCAAAGAAUUUAAAUACACCAACGAAGCAAACAUUUACAAAUUAGAAAUUGGAGAAAUAUUCCCGGAAGAUUCGGGAGCUUACACAUGCGAAGCGUUUAACGAUGCGGGAGAGAGCUUCAGCAGUUGUACAUUGAACGUAGUCGUGCCUGGAGAGCAACCGAAGAGCCCAGUGUUCAAAACAUUCCCUACGUCGGUAACGAUUUCGGUCGGAGAGGCCGCCUCCUUCCAAACUGAAACGGAAGACGAGCCCCUCCAAAUCAACUGGCUCAAAGACGGCAAACAAAUCAAAGAAAACACCGCCAAAUAUAGGUUCACGGCUGACGGAAAACGUUAUAGCUUGCAAAUUUUGAACUGCGACCAUAACGACAUCGGUCAAUACCAAGCGAAAGCUAUAGGAAAGAAAGGUGAAACCUUCGCGGCCUUCUCACUCAACGUUGUUCCAUUGGGUGAACUCUAAAGUUCUGACUUCGACAACCAACAAAAAAAAAUAUUUUUAAAUAAAACAAAAAAAAAGCCUAAAUCCCAAACGAACGAAUUGCUCCGAAGAACUUGUAUUUAUGUAUCAUAUGUUGUGUAAAAUAUAAUUUUAAGUGUUUUUUGAUAUCGUCUCGAUGGGUUUGGGGUUUGCACCCAAAGUCACAUCUGCUAUCACGCGCCAGCAUCCUCAACUUUUUUACCAUCUAAAAACGAACGUGUGAUAACGGUCGUGUUUUCGUGCGAACCCCAGAGCUUUAAGUUUAAUCCGAACGACCUUUUUUAUUUAUUUGAUUUUUUUUUCUCUGGCAUUCUUAAUUUUUCUAGCGAACUGGAGCAAAUUACGACACAUGACACACUUAUUACUAAUUGUAUGAAAAAAGAUUAUACUAUAAAAUAAUUUUAGUGUGAAAGUGCUUGUGCCAUAUUUUCAUUACGCCAUCGUUUUUUCGUUGAUUAUUAUUAAUUAUCAGGAUACGAUUAUGUUUUCAUAUUCGCAUUGUCGCUUAUGCAUAGCAAACAGAACUCUGUAUCAUAUUAUGUAAAAAAUAUACGAAUUUAAAAAUU